AUGAAUUACUUAAAGAAAUUAAAAAAAAAUGAUCCAAAUGAUGCUUGGAAAGGGCUAGGAAUUCUGAAUAAAUAUGAAGGAAAAAAAAUUUCUGGUUUAAAUAAUAAUGUAACAUCAGUAAUUCUGGAAGAGUUGAACACUUUGGCUUGUACUCCAAAUGAUUGGGAUGAUAAAGAAUUAUCUGAAGAAAUUCAACUAAUUAGAAGGCACAUGAAAAAAGAUUAUGAGAAUGAAAUAAGGAUUAAUAUUGGUGAAAAUGGGGAAUUAAAACAUGAUAA